UUGCAAAUAAUUGUUAAAAUUUUCUUUGAAUCGUGGAACUAGAAAAAAAGCGGAAGGAAUCUCGCUUACUAAAACACUGAGGCACCACAAUGGCGGCGACAUAAGAGUGUGGGUGCGACGUGAUUGGCGCGCAGCGGCAAACUGACUUACUUUGAGUAUGAAUGUGUGUGUCGGGCUCGUCGUAACAAUGAAGUGACUUACUUAGGGUGACUCAGUUUAUAGUUAGCGAUAUUCCUCCCGCCUUUUUUCCACUUCCAUGCUUUGAAUAAAAUAACAUUCUGUUUUAUCACUCUUCUCCCCCCAGUGGCAGUGGCGAUGACGUCAGAGCCGGACUCGUGUUCGGAAGAGGAGCCGGACAGCGAGAUGCUCAGCGACGACCCGAGUUUCCAGGACAGUGAUGACAAGAGACAGAUGCGGGCACAGUCGGACCUACCCCCCGGCCUGCCUCUCCGAGCGCCCCGCAAGUUGUUCUCCAACUGCCGCGAGCGCUGGCGCCAGCAGAACGUGAGUGGAGCCUUCGCCGAGCUCCGGAGACUCGUGCCCACGCACCCGCCCGACAAGAAGCUGUCUAAGAGCGAGAUAUUGAGGGUCGCCAUCAGAUACAUCGGUCUUCUAUGCGAGGUGCUCGAGUGGCAGAAAGCGCAUUCCAUCUCCACUAACAAAGAGAACAACUCCUUAGCAAUCAAAUGCGAAUCACCUCUUAGCCCAUCGCAGAACCUACGCAGGAAGUACAAACGACCUUAUUGCAAUGAUGAUGAAGGUCCAAAACCGAAAAUCUUUCUCCAAGGCGCUAACGACUUUCCGAAAUUCAGCAACGAGGAAAAUGAAGAUGGUUCGCUCUUCAGACGCUACCAAAGUCGAGUGGUCCAAAACAAAAUGGAGCACUAUAGGUUCCUCAGAAGCUCUUACUAUUUCCCAAGAUGGCGCCAUCCCCUGCCGUUAAGGAACUUGACAACUGACAGGAAUGGAAACAACUUCCUCAUGAUCGCUCCAGCGCAAAAUGGGACGAGCAAACCAGAUAAUGGGGUUGUGAAGUAUUGCAACGGAACUGCAGAUGUUGAUAAGUCUCUAGAUAAAGACAAGGGUGACAAUAAGGAUGGGAUGAACAAAAUGACGUAGUUUAAGUCAAUAUUUUUUGCAAUACUAUAAUUAAUUAACCGUGUUUACCGACAUAUAAUUUAGAAGUGUUUAUUUAUUUAUUGUACCGAUAUUUUGUUAUUAAAACGUAGCUAUAGAUUGUUAACAAUAUUAUUAAAAAUUAAAAUACUUAACACAAAUUGGAGUUUGGAGUUUUAAUGUUACUUUGAGGAAAUUUUAACUUAUAUAGGAGUUUUGAAUUAUCGCAUUUUUAUUGACUAAUCUUAUCCUUGCAUUCUGUAAACGUAUCCUUGCAAUUUUAACUUCAUAUAGGGCUCGCGUUUAGGCUUUUCAGUCGGCCCAGAAGCAUUCAUUAUCGCCCUUCUAGGAUCAAAGUCGACCUCUCCCCCGCUUCUAGUGUCGACAUCGACCUCUUCCCCCCU